AUGGAGAAGGGAUGGGAAACUCUUGUCGGAACCAUUGCCGUCGCUGGAAAGCGAACGCACAGGGUUGCCUGGACCGUGGAUGAGUACAUUGUAAGUGGAAGGAGCGCGGCGACUGGCGGAUAUGCUUUCGUCCGAUGUGUUCACCUUCAUGAUGAAGAUUUGGAUGCCCCUGGCCGUACAAGUUUCGCAUCUAUCAAUGUCCAGUUGGCUCAGGUCCAUAACUCAAAGGCACUCAUGCAUGCGUCCCAGAAUGUAUACAAUCAGAUCCACAUGGCCGCCGGUCUCUCUGUCUUCGCUCAUCCUGCGUGUGUCUAA